GUCAGUGGGGUUAUUGUGUGGGUUUAGCAAGUCAUCAAUCAAGUCACUCCAGGAAAGUCUUGUCGAUUUGCUGACUGCAAAGCCUGAACUUGUCCUCGAGUGUUCCAUGGUGACUCAUGACUCCAAGAUAGGAGUCAGCCUCCUGCUCUUUUACAGCAUCGGGUGCUUGAACGGCUCCGCGACUGCAGGUGUAGCCACGAGAGGCGCAUCUUGGCUGCUCUUAGUGGCAUUCAGAGAGGGGGACGUGCGAAAUGUGCGUAAAGAGCAGCGAGGGGGGAGGGGCGGGGGGGUUGUACUUGCGCGCAGCCUGCGCGCGCGCCUUCUCCAAGGAUGAACAGACGCUCGCAUGCAUCCUCGUCCCCUUCGACGUGAUCCUACUUCGCAUCGUCGUCUCCCGGUGGCCUUCCAAGUGAAUUUCCUCGCUCCCUUUUCAUGUUUUCAUGCCGCCUCGUUCCAUCCGUGACGCCGUGGAUUGUGUUCAUCAUCAGCAGCAGCAGCUCCGCCGCCCGCCGCCGCCACCGCCGCUGCGUUGGCGCUGCGGAAUAGCCGACGAGGCGAACAAGAAGAGGGCAGCUCUCAGCCCGGGAGACAAGCCAAUCCAUUUUGGCGGAAGGGGUGGAGGGUGAGGGGGGGGGGCGGCGGGGUGGCAAAAGACAGACGGGCGAGCGGUGAUGAGGAUGUUGAAGGGAAAAACAUCGACGUUAGACUCCGCGACGCCGAGUGAGAAGAAACAAACAUCCUCUGCAGAGGAGACGCUUUCCGGAGCAAAAUCCCUCCCAAACAUCAUUUUAGACUAAUAAUUGUCAUGGGAACAAAAAGAAGGGACGCGCUUUGUUCAACUGACAUGCAAUGAAGAGCACGGUACUUGGUAGUCACAGCGAAGCAUGAGCAAAGUGAAAUAAGGAUCUACUGAGAGAGAGUGAUUGAGCGAGUCUUUAAUAUCAGAUCAGAGCCGUCUUUCUGAAUUAUGAAGCCAUCUUGAAGGAGAAAAACAGCAUCAGAACAUCAAACAUGAACAUAAAAAUAAGCACUUAAGGUCCCCCGUUCGGAGGCGAUUUGGAACGUCAGACGGCAGUCGGGGUGGGUCAUGACUGAGUUGCCAUGCGUGCCGUCAUGGUGAGCAGCCAGCGCAGCCCUUCCCCCCUCCUGUGGCUGGUCCACCUUCUGUUGUGGGUCCACAACCAUGGACCUCGGCCGACGGGGGCGGCUCCCGCCUGCCCCGCGCCCUGCAGCUGCUCCAAUCAGGCGAGCCGCGUCAUCUGCACCAGGAAGACUCUCGAUCAGGUGCCGGAGAGCAUUUCCGACAACACGCGAUACCUCAAUCUCCAAGAGAACGCCAUUCAGGUGAUCAAGUCGGACACCUUUAAACACCUGCGGCACCUGGAGAUCCUCCAGCUCUCCAAGAACCACAUCCGGCAGAUCGAGGUGGGCGCCUUCAACGGGCUGCCCAACCUCAACACGCUGGAGCUUUUUGACAACCAUCUCACCGUGGUCCCGUCGCAGGCCUUCGAGUACCUCAGCAAGCUAAGGGAACUCUGGCUGCGGAACAACCCCAUCGAGACGCUGCCGGCGUUCGCCUUCCACCGCGUUCCCUCUUUGCGCCGUCUCGAUCUCGGGGAGCUCAGGAAACUGGAUUUCAUCUCGGAGGCCGCCUUCGAGGGCCUGAUCAACUUGCGUUUCUUGAAUCUGGGCAUGUGCGGCCUCAAGGACAUCCCCAACCUCACCCCGCUCGUCCGACUGGAGGAGCUGGAGCUGUCGGGCAACCAGCUGGGAAUAGUCCGGCCGGGGUCCUUCCAGGGCCUGGUGUCGCUUCGCAAGCUGUGGCUCAUGCACUCCAAGGUCUCGGUCAUCGAACGCAACGCUUUUGACGACCUCAAGAUCUUGGAGGAGCUCAACCUGUCACACAACUCGCUCCAUUCGCUGCCUCAUGACCUCUUCACGCCUUUGCACCAGCUGGAAAGGGUGCACCUCAAUCACAACCCCUGGGUGUGCAACUGCGACGUCCUGUGGCUCAGCUGGUGGCUGAAAGAGACGGUUCCGAGCAACACCACGUGUUGCGCCCGAUGCCACGCGCCGCCGGGUCUGAAGGGCAAGUACAUCGGCGAACUGGAUCAGAGCCACUUCACCUGCUACGCCCCGGUCAUCGUGGAGCCGCCCACCGACCUCAACGUCACCGAGGGCAUGGCCGCCGAGCUCAAAUGCCGCACGGGAACCUCCAUGACCUCCGUCAACUGGUUCACCCCAAACGGCACGCUGAUGACCCACGGCUCGUACCGCGUCCGCAUCUCGGUGCUCCACGACGGAACGCUCAACUUCACCAACGUGACCGUGCAGGACACCGGACAGUACACCUGCAUGGUGACCAACUCGGCCGGCAACACCACCGCCACGGCGGUGCUCAACGUGUCCGCCUCGGACCCCAGCAACAGCUACAGCUACUUCACCACCGUCACCGUGGAGACGGUGGAGACGGUGGGGGGAGGGGACGACAAGAACUCGGCCAGACAGUACAUCAACGAGACCUUCAUCGAUUUCCCCAAUCCCACCGUCGAAAGGGGGGUCUCGGACGGCUUCACCGUCGCCCCGUCUCUCUCUUCGCUUUCCUCGCUGUCCCCGCGGGCCAACAGGGCCACGGAAAACGCGGCCACCGUCUCCGUCAUCGACGUCACCAACAUUCCCGGCCUGGACGACGUCAUGAAAACCACCAAGAUCAUCAUCGGCUGCUUCGUGGCCAUUACUUUUAUGGCGGCCGUCAUGCUGGUGGUCUUCUAUAAGCUCCGCAAGCAACACCAGCUGCACAAGCACCACGGCCCGGCCAGAGCCAUCGAAAUCGUCAACGUGGAGGACGAGAUCGGCGCCGGCGCGGGAAGCGGCAUCUCCGGCGGGUCCGCCGUCAACGCCGGCGGCGGCGGCGGAGAAGGAACCCUGCGGAUGCACCGUCCCGAAAUAGUGAGCCUCCCCAACAUCGGCCGUUCCGACACGCUGAACCACUACUACAAGGCCCAUCAUUUCAACAACAACGUGAUGGGUCUGAGUAUCGGGCCCGACGGAAUGGCAUCGGGCGGACUGCACAAGAACCAGCAAGGCCAGGAGAUCCCCAUCUCCUGUACGCCCGUCCCCAUUUCCACGUCCAAUUUGCUGGUCUCCUCGGGAAACGGCAGCAACGCCGCCCCGAGUUCCAUGUCGCCGCCGCUGCCCAUGUCGCUCCCCAUGCCCGCGAUGGGCCUACACGGCUCGAUUAAAGGUUUCAUGGGCCAGAACCAGAACCCCCAAAUGGAGCCGCUUCUCUUCAAGGGGAGCUCAAAGGAAAACGUCCAGGAGACUCAGAUCUAAAAGCGCCGCCGCCGGGACGGAGGGGGGUUGACUGACUUGACGCCAGGAGACGGAGACGGAUGGGACACGGCGACGACGACGCACAAACGCAAAGACUCGUCCGCGAUGGCGUACUGAGCCGAGGAUGACCGCGGCGGGCCCACUUAAGCGUUUGUCGUCACGCUCUCGGCCGAGGAGAUCGAGGAACGGACGUUGCUACGAUGUAAAUCUGUGCCAAAGCGAAGGUUUUUUUUUGCGUUUUCUCCAAACUGCGUUGCCAAUGGGCGGACAAAAUAAAAACAAAAUGCCAACCACGAGAACGACGACAACAACGUCUUUGGGAGUCUUCGGCCCCGAAAUCGCCGUUGGCCCGGAGCGACGGAGGACGUGCAGACUCGUACGUCGUGACCCCCGCUGGAGAGGAUGGCAGAGCUAUGAAAUGGGAGAGACCUUUUUUCUUUCUCAAAGAGACGCCACACUUGCUGUGAAGUGACUCGAUUGGAGGUGACGAUAACGUAGGCAGAAAUAGAUGGACAGAAAGGUACAGUGCAGUACAAACUACUGUGAAAAAUCCACAAAAUCUAUCAAUCUAUUUUCAUUGAAAUGUGUCUCAUUGCAAAGUUGGGACGCAGAGAUAUUUUGGGCUGGGCGCAGGCUCCGCUCCAGUUUGUUUCUAUGCGAAUGACGAGGAGGGGGCGGAGCCUUGGUUGUGGUCGGCGUUUUCAGUUGGGCGACUUCUCAGAGAACAUAAGGGCUCAAUUGCAACACUCAUUGUGAAUCUUUCAAUUGGCUUCGAGGCUAUUUAGGUUGUCGUCGAGUGAACGCAGAUCUCCGUUUGACCAACUUCUGUCUGUUGCUUCGCUAGUACUCAUGACAAAUUCUUUUGUGUUCCGAGGGUGUAUCAUGUGUUCUUGUAACGGCCGGCGACUCGGUAUUGGAAUGCUGUCCACUCUGACGAUGUUCCGACUAACGUUUUGCAAACGGGGAGCGUGCUUGCCGUGUGCGGCGAAGGUCGAGGGUUGACUUGGACAUGCGAAGGUGAGUAUGUGUGUGUGUGUGUGUGUGGGUGUGUGUGUGGGUGUGUGUGUGAUUUCAAGCAGACUGCGUAGCCGGGACAUUGAUACGAGCUCCUCGCUCGCGGUGACUGUCGUCAUGCCAUAAACGCCGCCGUCACUGACGUUUCCACAUCUCUCUGCAGCCGCGUUCCCCGAAGGGAUCCCGCAAGGAAUGGAAAUGUACAGUAUCUCAACAAUAACGCUGUCCGGUUGUACGACAAUUGUAAGAACUGCAUUUUUACAGUGCAACUUUCAUAUCUGUUGGAUGCCAUUUGCGCUUCUCGCGUUUCAACGAUGUACUCCUUUAUUUUUGUUAGUUUGAUAUAAUGUGUACAGUUGUCUAGCCAUGUAUCAUGAUGUGUGAAAUAAACGACUCAUAUAUUGGUCCGA